CCACUGAGCAAUAGGAGGAAAUUUAAAAUGGCAGGUCCUCUGGUAAAGGCGGCUGUCCUGCUGGGAGUGGUGUGUGGAGCUGUGGCUGAUGUAAGCUAUGCUUCCCGCGGUGGAAGCUUUGGAGGUGGAGCUGUUGGAAGCGCCAUCUCCGGAGGUUUCGUAGGAGGAGGCAACUUAAGUCACCUCGUUGGACACGGUGUACUCCCUUCAGGCGGCGCUGGAGGUUUUAUUGGAGGUGGCAGCGCAGUAGGAGGCUCUUUCGGAGGCCCCAGUGUGGGUGGUUCCUUUGGAGGCCCUGUUGGCGGAAUAUCUUCCGGACGCGUUAGUGGAAGAUACGGCCGAUAACCUUAUCCUUAUAAGAAAUAGGGAUAGAAAUAAUGCAUAAUAAUGAAUAAAUAUAGACCUAUGAUUUCUUAUGUCAUUCUCUAAAUAUUCUAUUAUUACUGAGUCUGUUCAAAGAAAUCCAGUCCGAAA